AUGAUGCAGCGGACUCUGUUCAGUCGGAGGAGCGGGCUCCUGGUCCAGCAGGCGGCGGCCGCGGCCCUCGACGUUCCGCUCGCGCAACGCCUGGACCACCGCUCCGCGUCGUCCGUCACCAUCCCCCCACCGGCGUGCAUGCUGCGGCCACUCGAGGUGCCUCUGCGCUACUUGUUCGGACCGGGACCCUCCAACAUCCCCCCGCGUGUCCUCGCCGCAGGGGCCAAGCCCAUAAUCGGUCACCUGCAUCCAGAAAUGUAUGAGAUCAUGAACGACAUAAAGAAGGGGAUCAGGUACGCCUUUCAGACCGAGAACAACAUGACGCUAUCCAUGAGCGGCUCGGGCCAUGCUGCAAUGGAGUGUGCCGUAUUCAACACGGUGGAGCCCGGGGAGAGCGUGCUCAUUGCUAUCAAUGGGAUUUGGGGGGAGCGCGUUGCGGAAAUUGCAGAGCGAAUGGGAGCAAAUGUACAUAAACUUGAGAAAACACCAGGGAAUUACUUCAGCAAUAAUGAGAUCGAACAGGCUAUCGAGAAACACAAGCCGGUGCUGUUCUUCCUAACACAUGGCGAGUCAUCUGCCGGUCUGUGCCACCCAAUCGACGGCAUUGGAGACAUCUGCAGAAAACACGGCUGCCUCUUCCUGGUGGACACCGUUGCAUCACUCGGGGCGGCGCCCAUUUUUAUGGAUCAGCAAAACAUUGACAUCUUGUACACGGGUUCUCAGAAGGCCCUGAACGCACCGCCAGGCACGGCUCCCAUCUCUUUUAAUGACAGAGCGUGCCACAAGAUGUUCAACAGGAAAACGAAACCAGUCUCGUACCUCUUUGACAUGGAACACUUGUCCAACUAUUGGGGGUGUGAUGGCAAACCAGACCGAAUGUACCAUCACACUGGUCCAGUGUCGGGUUUCUUCGCCUUGAGAGAGAGUUUGGCUAUUCUGGCUGAGAAGGGUCUGGAGGAGUCCUGGAGGAAACACAAGGAGGUGGCAGCCUAUCUGUAUCGAGGACUUGAAGACUUGGGUCUCAAACUUUUCAUUUCAGACAAGGAUUUGAGACUUCCCUCCGUGACAACCAUCGCCAUCCCCGAAGGCUACAACUGGAGGGAGUUGUUGAUGUAUAUAAUGAAGAAUCAUCGAAUGGAGAUGACCGGAGGCCUGGGCCCCUCCGUCGGCAUGGUGAUGCGGAUUGGACUGAUGGGAUACAACUGUGAGAAGAGCAACGCUGACAUGGCGCUGCACGCCUUGGCAGAUGCGCUGAAAAACUGUAAAAAGAGCAAGGCUUAAAAAAAA